UGUCAACAUCAUAUACUGUGUUUCAUCUUCCGUUGUAAGGUUAGGAAAUAAGUGGCCUUCCACGUUUCCAAACCUCUGGGCUUGGUAUUCUGUGUGUGAGGGAACAGCUGUAGGGGGAUAAAUCACUCGAAAGGUUGAUGAUGGCGUCUUGAAAAAGUCCACAAAACUCUCUUAACAAGAAUUUGAUUUGAUUUGUAUCUUUGUUUCAAACGAUCGAAAAAUAAGUAAAUGAAUAUAAGUAUAACAAAAAGAAAAAAAUGAAUAACAACAAAACAAAUUUCAACAUAGCACACACUAGACCCGUAAAAAAAAAAGGAUCACAAAAAACAAAAAUACCCAGCUACUUCCUUAUUGUAGUGUUCCGGUGUAGUGGAGCUCCACAGCUGCAGCCAGAACCUUCUCCCCGAGUCAGGUGGGAGUGACACAGAGAUCCUCCUAGUGGCACUGCCUGGCAACCUGUGGCAGCUUGUGGCAUCUUGGUGGCAACCUGUUGCUCCUCUGUGGCAGCUUGUGGCACUUCAGUGACUGGCCUGUGGCAUUCUGUCGGCUGUUGCAAGACUCGUCAAGUCAAGAGCGUAGAACCCUGGCGUGGCAUCACUUCCCGGUCGUGCGUGUGGUGAGUUUACACCCGACUCCCGGCUGAGAGCCGGAUCUUCUCGUCGGGCCAGUCGCUCUGUGAGCUGGACGAGGCAUGGAGGGUCCGUCCUCUCGGCUGCCCGGGACCCCGGGCGGACCGUCGUGGCUCGGCGGCAGGAGGGACUCCUCCUCCGGCGGGGAGGCAGAGGCCGACCCCGCCCGGGACACGAAGACACACUUUCGCGUUUGUCGCUUCAUCAUGGAGACAGGAGUGAAGCUGGGAAUGCGCUCGGUGCCCGUGGCCACAGCGUGUGUGUUGUACCACCGUUUCUUUGAGCAUGUCAGCAUGCGUGCCUAUGAACCCUACCUGGUGGCCAUGAGCUGCCUGUACCUGGCUGGCAAAGUGGAGGAGCAGCACAUCAGGGCCCGUGACAUCAUCAAUGUAAGCCACAGGUAUUUCAACAGUGGCUGCACUCCUCUAGAAUGUGAUAAGGAGUUCUGGGACCUGAGGGACAGCGUUGUGCAGUGUGAGCUCCUCAUCCUCCGACAGCUCAACUUCCACGUCUCCUUCGAGCACCCUCACAAGUAUGUACUCCACUACCUGUUGUCUGUGAAGUCGCUGGUGAACCGCCACGCCUGGUCUCGAACCCCAGUGGCUGAGACUUCCUGGGCAUUGCUUAGAGACUGUUACCAUGGAGACAUGUGCAUCCGUCACACACCUCAACACAUUGCCAUAGCAACGCUGUACUUGGCUCUAAACAGCUACGGAGUGGAGCUACCUGUUGGAGAGAAGGAGUGGUGGCAGGUGCUGUGUGAGGACGCGACCAAAGCCGACAUCGACGCCGUGAUCUCGGACCUUCUUCAGCUCUACGACAUGGAUGCCAAGUGUAUUUAACAGACACGAGAUCAAGACCUGCACAUGAGAGACGCAUACAGAGUUGGGUUGUCUGUCUUGUGUGGGAAUGUUUACUUGAGUUUGUUUCAUCGCAGCGAGAACACGUGUGCCUGUGCACAUUUUGUUCAGUGUUGUGUGUGUAUGUGAGUGAGUGAGUGAGUGAGUGAGUGAACACUUUGUAUUGCCCCACUUAGUCUGCGAGCUGUGACCAAAAACACACCUGCACUGCCGAUUCCUGCCACCCAGGGGAGACAUUUCUUGCUCCCUGGUCUCUGACGUCUCAGCCCUGCGGUACACUGAUGUGCUCUGGAAUAUAUCAUCAGCACCAGCUGCAUCUCCGAAUCAUCUCUGCCAUCUCUCCACACGGCACACUUGACGUGUCAACUACAAAUACCACUGUAUGAAUUGGAUUGGAUACUCUUUCAUUUAUCAGACGGUUGUUAUAAGUAAUUCACCAAUAAUACCAACAAAUCCAUCCAAAUGCAUGGGAAUGGUAUCAGUCAGUUAGAUAUCUGUUGUUAGACGGCACCAUCUAUGCACAUUUGUUCAUUUAGAUAAAACUAGAGUAUAAUACAAAUGUAGUUAAGGAGAAGUUUUGAAUGUGUGAUUUGCAUCCAGACCACCUUGAUGCAUAAAUCUACAUACUAACAAGGAAAAUUGAUAUUCUGUACUGGACACAAAUACCUGUCUUCAAUUCUUAGGAUUCAUGUUGUAAUAUUGUGUAUUAUUGUAAAGGUAUACUCAAAUGUGACGCAUGAAUGGGCUUAAUGGCCUCUUCAUCAUCUGUUGUCAGAUAUCAGGUUGAUGAUAUUGUAGCAUGUGGCAGAUGUGGUUCAGCAAGUCUUUUCAUGGUGUUUUUGCAGUGCUGCCGUCUCCAGAGAUCUUUUCAUGAAUUAGUCAAAAGACAGUUUAUGAUUUGAGUAGGAGCGAGCUGAUGAAAAAUGUUUCUGCUGUUCUGUCCGAGACUGUGCUUUGCUCAAAAUAAAUUCAGAAGGCAGGAUGUGCCCUAUGCCGUUUGAAAGUUA